AUGACUUGUAAUAAUUUCCGGGUUGACGCAUUAUUCUGUUGCACUACCUUUCACCUUGGCAGGAACAAGCAUUGCACACUGAUUGGUUAUCAGCAAGUUAAAAGAUGUCCAUCUGCAACAUCGCGUCAGCAGGAGCCACCUUAUUCCGCAACUCAGAAUUGUGCGGACCAACCUUCGUUACUGAAUAGUGGUUCUGAAUAUAAAAGUUCAAGAGCAGGUUUGAUCAAAAAGAGGAAGGAUCUUGUUGAUCCUCCAGUGAAACUACAACACGCCAAAAGGCACAUGGGAUUUUGUGGAACUGAUGAUGUCCAGUACAUUAGUGAACAGCCUGAAAAUAGCGUUGAGGACAUGAUGCAAGUUUCAGAGAAGAUACUUCUGAUGCAGGAAAACAAAAAACUUCGGUUACGGCUGCUUUCAUUGGAUCAAACGGUGCAAGAACUUAAUUUGAAGGUGCAACAACUUAAGGAUGAACUAGAGAAUGUGCAAAAACAUGCAGGUGAACUAGAGAAUGAACUGACGCAGACGUUGCUUGAAUCAUACACAUUGAAUAAAUAUGAGCAGCACGAAGCGAGGAUGAUGGAGGAUCAUUCCUCCCUCGUUCUUGGCUUUCAAUCUUCAGGAAAAUAA